GCUCAAGUAGUGAUGAAAGGUCCAAAACACACCAUUCAAAGCGGAUUUGGUUUUAUUAUUUUGUGUCUCUAAUGGCUCUCUUUCAAUUUCUUUCUCUCAAGGCAACUACAACAUUGCUUCUUUUGGGAUUCAUACUUACAAAUCUUGCCCUUCUUUCAGGUGCACAAUCAAUAGGCGUUUGUUAUGGGAUGCUAGGCAACAAUCUCCCACCAGCAUCAGAAGUUGUAGCUCUUUACAGGUCAAACAACAUCUUCAGAAUGAGAAUCUAUGACCCAAACCAGGCUGCUCUGAAUGCACUCAGAGGCUCAAACAUCGAGCUCAUGCUCGGCGUUCCCAACUCCGACCUUCAAAGCCUGGCAAACCCUUCAAAUGCAGCCUCAUGGGUGCAAAGAAAUGUGCUCAACUUCUGGCCAAGUGUGAGAUUCAGGUACAUUGCAGUUGGGAAUGAAGUGAAUCCAGUGAGCGGAGACACAGUCAGGUUCUCACAGUUUGUUCUCCCAGCUCUAGUGAACAUAUUCAAUGCAGUCAGAUCAGCUGGUCUUCAAGACCAAAUCAAGGUCUCCACAGCCAUUGACAUGACUUUGAUAGGAAACUCCUUUCCUCCAUCAGCUGGUGCUUUCAGAAGUGAUGUUAGAUCAUAUAUUGACCCAAUUGUUGGGCAUUUAGUCUUUGCAAAAACACCUAUUCUUGCUAAUAUCUACCCUUAUUUUGCAUACUCUGGAAACCCCAGAGACAUUUCACUUUCUUAUGCUUUGUUCACUUCACCAUCUGUUGUGGUAUGGGACGGAGGACUUGGUUACCAAAACCUGUUUGAUGCUAUGUUGGAUGCUUUUUACUCUGCUCUUGAGGGGGCUUGGGGUGGCUCUUUGGAUGUGGUUGUGUCUGAGAGCGGUUGGCCGUCCGCCGGAGGGUUCGGGACUAGUUUUGACAAUGCAAAGACUUACCUUUCUAAUCUCAUAAGACAUGUUAAGGGAGGUUCUCCUAAGAGGCCUAAUAGACCUAUUGAGACUUACUUGUUUGCCAUGUUUAAUGAGAAUCUUAAGGAGCCAGAGUUGGAGAAGAACUUUGGCUUGUUUUUCCCUGAUAAGAGGUCAAAAUAUAAUCUCAAUUUUGGCGGUAAAAGAAUUUGGGAUAGUGUUUUGGAUGAGCUCAAUUCUACUAUACUCCCUCUAGUAAGUGAUAUGUAAUAGGCUUUUCUUCCAUCUUUGUCAGUGUUAAUUAUUCAAUAAGAAGAAAAUCCCAGGCCUACUUUCACUGUA